AUACAAAUUUUAUUGUUUUGAUUUUGGUAAAUUUUAUAGUUAAUACUCUUCGUUUAAAAGUACUAUUCUUUUUAAUAUAUUUCAAAAAUAAUUCCAAUGAAAGUGUAUUGUUUUCAAUACGGUUAGAAACUAACUUGCAUUCUAAGCGAAGUGGUGUAGUAAUCAUUAAAUUGGUAGGUAGUCGAACUGGGGUAUUUUUAAUACAAUUUAUCAUUUAGAACUAAAUGUUAAAAAGAGUGGUAAAACAAGUAAUACUCUAUAUUCUAUUGUAAAAUGUAAAUAAAUUGAAGAAACAAAUAGUAUAAAAAUUUAGAUCUCAUAGGCUCAUUGAACAAUAAACGAUCAUGAAACGACAAAAUGUGCGAACUCUUUCGUUGGUUGUAUGUACAUUUACAUAUCUUCUAAUUGGAGCAGCAGUGUUUGAUGCAUUAGAGUCUGAUACUGAGAGCAAAAGAUGGGAAGUACUAUCAGAUAUGAAAAAUGGUCUCGUCCGAAAAUAUAAUAUAACACCUGAAGAUUAUCACAUGAUAGAAAUAGUUAUCAUAGAGAACAAACCUCACAAGGCUGGACCUCAGUGGAAGUUUGCCGGUGCCUUUUAUUUUGCUACAGUAGUCCUUGCUAUGAUUGGCUAUGGACAUUCAACACCAGUUACAGUGGGGGGAAAGGCAUUUUGUAUGGCAUAUGCAAUGGUAGGUAUACCACUGGGUUUAGUUAUGUUUCAAAGUAUUGGUGAGCGUCUAAAUAAAUUUGCCUCGGUCGUCAUUCGGCGUGCUAAAUGUUAUCUGCGCUGCAACACCACCGAGGCUACAGAGAUGAAUCUUAUGUUCGCAACGGGUAUGCUUUCAUCCAUCAUCAUAACAACAGGGGCUGCGGUGUUUUCUCGCUACGAGGGGUGGAGCUACUUCGACAGUUUCUACUAUUGCUUCGUAACGCUGACAACUAUAGGCUUUGGGGAUUAUGUGGCGUUACAGAACGAUCAAGCGUUGACAAGCAAACCAGGCUACGUGGCGUUGAGUCUCGUGUUCAUAUUGUUCGGGCUGGCGGUGGUCGCGGCGAGCAUCAAUCUGCUGGUGUUGCGAUUUAUGACCAUGCAAGCGGAGGAGAACGCUCGUGACGAAGACAAGGAUGGCUCUAGAAUAAUGUUGCCAAUAGACGGACACCCGCUGGCGGGCCGACAGCGCUCUCACGAGGACCAGGCUUCCGUACUUAGCCUUGAAGUCACAGUAUGUUCGUGCAACUGUCUCGGUAACAAGCAGUGCGAGGGCGGAGCCCUACUGCCGGCCUCUCGACCGCUGCGAGCGCUGAAGAAGCGCGCCUCGCUCGCUCCUGAACUUGUCGAACGAGCUUCGGUUUAAUUUAUAGGACUUUAAUUUGAUUAUCCCAUCAAUGCCAACUUUGUUGUCAGUCUCGAGUCCAUUCCAGGAGUCGAAUUCCUAGGGGACAUAAUACUCGCACCUCAUUGGUUGAAAUAAUUUGGAUACUAGAUUUACGUUACAUUAAUUAACCAAUGGGUGCACAAAUCCUUUGGAAAUUCUUUUCGUGGAAUGGAAUUUAAUCUAAUUUGACAGGAUGAAAUCUCAACGAGUAUUCAUGCCUGAUAUUUAUUUAUAAAAUAUUUGGUAAGUGUAUGAGCUAGUAUAUAAGUGAGAAUUGA